UAACCGAGCCGGGCGGGGCGCACGAUGCUCCGCGGGGGCUGGCGGGGGCUCGGCGCCGCCCUGGCAGCCGGGGCCGUCCUCGGGGCCGUUCUCCGAGCCGGAGUCUCCUCCAGAGGAACACUCUGCAGGUCCAGCACAGCUGCGAGCUAAAUUCCUGCACACGGAGCACGAGCUGAGGGAGCCCAAGACAGUGAGGCAGGCCGACAUGAAGGUGGAAAUCCUGCCAGCCCUCACUGACAACUACAUGUACCUGCUCAUCGACCAGGACACCAGGGAGGCUGCCAUCGUGGACCCCGUGCAGCCGCAGAAGGUCCUGGACGCGGUCAAAAAGCACGGCGUGAAGCUGACCACGGUGCUGACCACCCACCACCACUGGGACCACGCUGGAGGCAACGAGAAGCUGGUGAAGAUGGAGCCGGGGCUGCGCGUGUUCGGGGGGGACGGCAGGGUGGGGGCCCUGACACAGAAAGUGUCCCACCUGACAGCUCUCAAGGUGGGAUCUCUGAGUGUGAAAUGCCUCAGUACGCCGUGUCACACCUCGGGACACAUCUGUUAUUAUGUGACUAAGCCAAAUAGCUCUGAGCCACCUGCAGUUUUUACAGGUGACACCCUGUUCGUGGCUGGCUGCGGGAAGUUCUUCGAGGGCACCCCGGAGGAGAUGUACAAGGCGCUGAUCGAGGUUUUGGGCAGCCUGGACCCCCGAACGAGAGUUUACUGCGGCCACGAGUACACCAUCAACAACCUCAAGUUUGCUCGGCAUGUGGAACCCGGCAACCCCAGCGUCCAGGAGAAGCUGGCCUGGGCCAAGGCGCAGUACGACAGCGGAGAGCCCACCAUCCCCUCCACCAUCGGCGAGGAGUUCACCUACAACCCCUUCAUGAGAGUCAGGGAGAAAUCCGUGCAGGACCACGUCGGGGAGACCGACCCUGUCCGGGCCAUGGGGGCCAUCAGGAAGGAGAAGGACAACUUCCGAGUGCCCAAGGACUGAGCGCUGCCUGCACCACUUUACUGUCACUUAGACCUUCGGAUGUUUUAGGAGUCAAAUCUUCUCUUGUGGUUGAGACGAGUUUCGUUUAGGUUUUUUUUUUUUUUUUUUCUGUUUGUUUGUUUCGUUUUAAUUAAGGAAAAAAAAGCACUUUGCCCUCGUUGAGAUGUUCUACAGCAUAUUUAUAUUACGGUGAAGAAUAUUUAUCCUCCUCUUGCUGUCUCUCGAGCUGUCGGCGUCGCCUGCAGAUCAUUGUGCAAGUGUUGGUGUGAGACUGGAGGCCGGGCUGGGUCACGCCUGGGCGGUGAGGAAGAGGCUCCCGUCAUUUCUGUGGGAGCCUGACGUGGAUGCAGAAGGUGGCAACGAGAUUAUCUUUGCCUGGAGCAGAGACCAAACGCAGGAGCUGAAGAUUCCGGUGUUCCUCCCAUGCUGCCGCUUCAACAUCCCGAGUGUCGCUUCUGGCUCCGCUAAAACCAGUUCCAGGGACAUCCGGGGCGUCACUGGGAGCUCCACACCCUGCUGGGGCCCUCCAGCUUCUCUCGUGUCCCCAGGCACUGCUCUGCUUGCGCCCUUUGAGCCUGUUUGCAUGAGCCUGCUGUGCCCCGUGCCAGCCCACAAACCGGGCAGGGAUUUGUCUGGUGGCUCUGAAUGCAGGGGCAGCUGCUGGUGGGUGACUGUCCCCCUGAGCAGCAGUGACAGCCCCUGGUGGGUGGCUGUCCCCCUGAGCAGCAGUGACAGCCCCUGGUGGGUGGCUGUCCCCCUGAGCAGCAGUGACAGCCCCUGGUGGGUGACUGUCCCCCUGAGCAGCAGUGACAGCCCCUGGUGGGUGGCUGUCCCCCUGAGCAGCACUGACAGCCCCUGGUGGGUGACUGUCCCCCUGAGCAGCAGUGACAGCUGCUGGUGGGUGGCUGUCCCCCUGAGCAGCAGUGACAGCUGCUGGUGGGUGGCUGUCCCCCUGAGCAGCGGUGACAGCCCCUGGUGGGUGACUGUCCCCCUGAGCAGCGGUGACAGCCCCUGGUGGGCGGCUGUCCCCCUGAGCAGCGGUGACAGCCCCUGGUGGGUGGCUGUCCCCCUGAGCAGCAGUGACAGCCCCUGGUGGGUGGCUGUCCCCCUGAGCAGCGGUGACAGCCCCUGGUGGGUGACUGUCCCCCUGAGCAGCGGUGACAGCCCCUGGUGGGUGGCUGUCCCCCUGAGCAGCGGUGACAGCCCCUGGGGGGUGACUGUCCCCCUGAGCAGCGGUGACAGCCCCUGGUGGGUGGCUGUCCCCCUGAGCAGCGGUGACAGCGCUUGUUACCUGUCCCCAGGUGAGCAGGGAUGCGGGGCUGGCACCGGCUCUCCCUUUGCUUUACUUUAAAAUGCUGAAUUUCCUGUGGUUGGAAAGAGGAGUGGUGCCUGAAGCCUGUGUGGUGUCCCCUGGGACGCCGUGCUGCCGCCCCGGGGUGUGACUGCGCUCGGGGCGGGGCAGAGGGGAAAUAAACUGCUGGAAACAGAGGUU